GGGUAUGUGAUGCGAAACUCUGGUCGCUAAACCUGCACAUGCCGAAGAGGUUUGGRGACGAAACGAAACAAGUACCUGUGCAAAAAUAGAACUUCCAGUCACACAAAAGUAGCAAAUUAUAUGAGCAAAAGGAUGAGAAAAUGCGAAGACUUCUUGAGUCAAAGUCCGCUUCGAACGACACAACAAUCCCAGAGAACAAAAGUACGUAGCACGAGUAAAUACCUUCCUUACGGCAUGCAAGAACAACUCACGGGGUUCUCGUCCUUCGAGAAGGUUUCUCGCCAACACCAGCAUAAUCUUGCGCUCGCCGUGUUCGGAAAAGGCAUUCUGCAUUCCGUGACAUCGAACAAAACACCCAUUCCCAUUCCCAAAAACAACCAAAACACAAAAUCGAUAUUCCACCCGAAUACUUUUUCGAACAUGACCAUGAAACAUCCACGUGAAGACCAGUUGCUCCUUGGGUCAGAUCAUAGCAAGACAAAGCGACCAAGGACCUCCUCGGAUGCUUCGGAAACCAGCGCCAUUGAGAACAAAAGCAGCAACAUCAUUCUCGGCAGCGGUGCCUCCGUGCACAACCACAGCAGCAACAACACCCUCAGCAGCAAGAUCAAACCACUCCAGACGAAGCACGGCAUCGACUCUAGCCGCAGUCCACGCAUGAUGGCACUUCUCUAUUCCGUGGACGACGAGGCACGGAAGCUCGGACACAAGUGGCCUCAGCCUCCGUCCGCCUCCUCCACCGUUACCAGUUCUUCGGGACCAAGUUCUCAAGCACCAGCCCCCGCUCCCGAUUCCACGGCCCUAGCGGCUGCCGUUCUCUUGCAGCAAAAACAACAGAAGCCACAGCAAACUCGCCCGGCAACCACCCGCGAAGCCCUCAACUUCUGCCAACCCCUGGUUGCUCGGCCUCGUGUGCACAAGAUCAAGGAAGUCGCACCCACAACCGAGAGUUCUGCGRCCAGCCCUGCUCCCACCCCGGAACCACGGGAAUCUCCGCCCGCUUCCUCGGCCCCUGCUCCGGCAACGGCAACGCUCGAUAACAUCAAGRCCGCCGUGGAAGCAGCGGCACCCGCCGCGAUCGAUGCCUACAACACGGCGGAGAACAACGCCGCAACGAUUACCGCCGUGAAUGCCGUCCUCGCGCAGCACCGGAUUGCGGGGGCUGCCGUGGCUGCCCAAACCGGCUUUCCCACCAAUCCUUCCCCCGCUCCAACGCCUUCCAUUCCGCUCGGGGGAAUCACGAAGAGCGGCCGGCCCCUCCACGCACUUUCGUUCCCGACUCUUGUGGUCUCCACCGCAGCCGGCGCGAACACGAGCUACGUGGUGAGCAACCCACGGUACGAUGCGACCUAUCUGCACCACGGGAACCGGCCCCUUCCCUUUCGAGGACCCACGGCUCGGCAACAGGCUAUUCACGACGCGGUCCACAGCGAUUACAAGAAGGUCUACCGGCCCCUGCAACAGCCACCGAGGCUCCCGUCACCCCAGGAGGCCCUCGUGAUUGCGGCCAUUUCCACCGCCRCCAGCCCUGCUUGUCGCUAAGCUAAGCUAAGCUAAGCUAAGUUCAACGACCGAAUGAACGGUGCAGCAUUUCGCGCAAGACAGUUUUCACACUUAGUCAUCGGACAGCACAGCAGAACUCAUCACAAAGCACGUCACGUCACGUCACGUCACAGCACAGCCCACUAAAUCACACUCCAUUUU